AUGCCGUCGUUCAAGCCGUUUGCAUCCGUGACGGGGCGAAACAGUUACAGCCUGUUUGAUAUCCGGCUGGACCAAGACUUCAUUGUCUUUCGAGGAAAUGACCAUGAAUCUUCGGGUCAGCUCCUCAAGGGGGUCGUAGUUCUCUGCCUCUCGUCCCCCUUGCGCAUCGAGGACAUUCACUUGCGCCUCGUGGGCACCUUGCGCUUAUCAUCGACCGCUCCUGGCGUUUCGGGGCAAAAAGUUGACAAGGCCACCAUUAUUCUCGACCAUCGAUGGCAGCCCUUUGUCGGCACCCACGGCAAGAGCAUGACUCUUCCCGCUGGCAACUACGAAUAUCCCUUCGAGUUUAUGCUGCCGGGAGAUACUGCAGAAAGCGUAGAGGGCAUCCGCGAAGCCUCCAUCACCUACAGAUUAAAGGCGACUGUCGGCCGUGGCAAGCUCGCAUACGACUUGCAUGCGUACAAGCACCUACGCAUCAUCAGGACUCUGGAACCCGGCGCUUUGGAGUUUUUGCAUGCCAUGAGCGUAGAGAACAUCUGGCCCAACAAGGUGGAUUACUCCAUCGUUAUCCCACAAAAGGCGGUCGUAUUCGGCGGCACCAUUAAUAUGGAAAUGCGAUUUACCCCUCUACUCAAGGGAUUGGAGCUUGGAGACGUUACGGCAAAAAUGAUUGAGAUUCGCGACUGCUGGAUCCAAGGCGCAACGGGUCUCAGCAUGCGCGAACACCGCACCGAGCGAGAGGUGGCGACUUGGCGAUUCGAAGUGAACAGGGAGGAACAUUGGCAAGACAUGAUACAAGAUACUGGUCAGGAGGGUUGGGCUUUGGCCAAGUCAUUGCCUCUUCCCAAGCGACUUCGUCAGUGUAUUCAAGAUCUGAACCAUCAUGGCAUCAAGGUCAGGCAUAAAAUCAAGCUGACUGUGGCACUGAAGAACCCCGACGGCCACAUUUCAGAGCUUCGGGCCACCCUUCCUGUAUCAAUUUUCAUCUCACCCAACAUUCCUUUUGACGAACAGGGGAACCUGCUGAGCCAGAGCCAAGGCAGCUCCGCCCCCUCAACGGAAAACGCGUUGGUAGCACCGCCGGGAUGUCUCUGGCUUCCAAACCCCAGCAGUCCAGUCGGGCGUCAGCAGCCCCUUCUAUUCACAGUCGAGGAGUGGCUCGGCAGAGAACCUCGCUUCAUUGGCGCACCAUCCAUCGCCGAUAGCGCCGGCGGCCUUAUCGUCCAGGUUGGCCGACGUUUCACUCAAUCCCUCCCAAAGGAAUCGAUCGUAUACGUCGGUCCAUUCACAUUCCCCUUCUGGAGCAAUAGCGAGGAGGAUCGAUCGGGCAGAAACUCGACGGAGCACGUUGACUUGGAUCCUGCCGAGUUUGCGGAGCUCAACCGUGUACCCAGCUAUGCAACGGCUGUCCGGACACCGGCGUGGUCUCGGACGCCGCCCGCAGCCGGACUUGUUCCGGAUUACCAAACUGCGUUACACGCACCUCGCACUCCUCCGGCCACAGAUAUUACUCCUGAGCCGUUGAGUACCAUAUCCGAGGAUCGGUCGGGUGAAAACCGUGGUCUGACCAGUGCACCAUCCAAUCUUUCCAGCGUUGUAGCGAACUCGGGCAGCUCGUGA